AUCGCGCGAGUGAACUGUACAAUGUUUCCACGCAUGCGCAUUCAUAUAUUAUCUGUGCGCUAGCAGGCUAGCCAACUGGCUACCAAGAUAUAUUGAAAUACGUUAUUCGAGCAGUUUUUCUUUUGUUUGGUAGGGAAAUGGGAAUUCGUUAUUAACUGUCACUAAGACGAAUCGUUUCUAUGUACGCCAUGGAUGUCUCGUGUCUGAUGUCGACGACCAGAAUGCUAACUACAGUUUAUUAGCCGCUAGCUAGCUAGUUUUCAGUUCAUUCAUUGACGUCAUUGCAAGAAGAGCAUCCAUGAUUAUUUUAUGUGGCUAAAAAUGUAUAUUUUGUUCACGAUUAUUACUUCAUUAGUUUGCUAUUUGAUUUUGAAAUGGAUGAAAAAGAGGAGGUAUUGCACGGACUUGAAAAGACUGGAUGGCAAUACAGUUCUCAUUACUGGUGGCAAUGCUGGCAUCGGCAAAGAGACAGCGGUUGCCUUGGCGAUGCGAGGUGCCCGUGUCAUCAUAGCUUGCCGUGACGUGGACAAGGCUGAGAAGGCGGUGAGGGAGAUCAAGAUCAGGGGUCACAACGUAAACAUCCAUCACAUGGAGCUGGAUCUGGCCAACAUGUGCUCCAUACGAGACUUCUGUAAGACCUUCCUUCAGAGAGAGAAGAGGUUGGACAUCCUCAUCAACAACGCAGCCAUGCCCAGCGUGCUGGACUGGACGGAGGACAACUUCAGCAUGUGUUUCGGUGUGAACCACCUCGGCCACUUCCUGUUGACCAACCUACUGUUGGGCCACCUGAAGGCUUCGGCCCCCAGCCGCGUGGUCACGCUCACCUGCUCCAACUACAAGUACCAGAAGUUAGACUUCCAGGACCUCAACUAUAACCUGCUGCCUUUCUUCACCUACUGCCGCAGCAAGCUGGCCAACAUCUACUUCAGCCAGGAGCUGGAUAGAAUGAUGGAGGGCAAAGGAGUGACGGCGUACGCUGUGCACCCUGGCUAUGUUCAGAGCAGUUGGACAUAUCACUACUCCAUCCUGUUCCGUAUGCUGAUGCAGGUGAUCAUGUUCAUGUUCUUCGUGCCGUGUGAAAUGGGCGCUCAGACCGUGGUCUACUGCGCCGUGUCGGACGAGGCUGCCAAGCACAGUGGGGGAUACUUCACCGACUGCCGGCCCGCCACGCUGAGAUCUUUCGCCAGAGACGCCGGCGUGGCCAAAAAACUGUGGGAGGCCAGCGAGAGGCUGGUCAACCUGGCCUGAGAAAGGAUUAAGGCUUCGUAAGGCUUGUAGAAGUAUUUUAGCCUGGAAUACUCACUGAAUAUCACUCUGUUUUGCUAUUGUUUUUUAAAACAAAAACAAUGGUGGAAGGGUAUGAUAUUCAGUUUUGGAUUUCCAGUCCAGGAGUGUUUUCUAGGUUUGUUGAAAUAUUAAUAUAACUCAAGUAAAAAAAAAGACAUUCCCUCACACUGUUGGCUUGCAAUGUUUCACUGUUGUAAUUAGUAAAAGUUACUGACUGUUAAUGUUUUGAUCAAAGCAUUAAGAAGGUCAGUAGACCGAAACGUUAACGAUCAAAUUAAACUAUGAAGCUUUGCGAGAAAGAAAUGUGUGAGAACAUUAUUUUGGUCAAACUAGCCUGGAAUGACUUUAUUUAUGUUAUUGUUUUUUUAUAACUAUUUAUUUGUCUUCAGGGGACCUGAUUGUGAAGUAUGUCUGUGUUUCUUUUUUAUGAAUGGGGAAUGCAUUGUUUAAUAUUUUUAUGGUUAGCCUUUUUAUUGCUGUCCUAAAACACAUGGCUGCUUUUUCUUCUGUCGUAAUAAAACCUGGGGAAAAAAUAUUGCAAUAAAAUCUGUGGCAAUAAG